GCGGCGGUAGUUAAUGAUUAAUCGCUUACCACCCGGCCUCCAGCCUCUCUGCACGGGAAACCGUGCUCCCGGAGGGUGGGUUGGACCAGUAAAGGCCAGGUGCCUUGGAGGGGAGCCGGAGAGAAGCCGAACAAAGCGCCAAGGAGCUGCAGGGGAACGGCCUGCGAGCUGGGGUCUGUGGGCUGACUGGCUGCAGCGAGUUUGGAACCUCCUUCCUCUGAGCUCACCACGCCCCUCCCAGUCACCACCCCCUCAAACCCCACCCCUAAGCGCCUCCGGUUCGGCUAGGUUGGGCUGCCCCAGGAAGUUUCCAUUAAAGCACCUGAAAUCCCAAAUCACCUUUUCCAGGUGAGCUCGAGAAAGCCCUGCGCCCACUCCGGUGAGUUGCAGCCGAGAACUUUGGGCUCUGCAGGGAGGAGGAAGGGAAGCUGAGAAGGUCUUUGGACCCGGUUGCCUGGCUGGCUGUCUUCCUCAUGGCUUCCCCAAGCCACCCCAGCAGGGACUGCUCCCAGGUCAUUGAUCACAGCCACGUUCCCGAAUUCGAGGUGGCCCCCUGGAUCAAAAUCACCCUCAUCCUGGUGUACCUGGUUAUCUUCGCGGUGGGCAUCCUGGGGAACAGUGUCACCAUUCGGGUCACCCAGGUGCUCCAGAAGAAAGGCUACCUGCAGAAGGAGGUGACAGAUCACAUGGUCAGCCUGGCUUGCUCCGACAUCCUGGUCUUCCUCAUCGGCAUGCCCAUGGAGUUCUACAGCAUCAUCUGGAACCCGCUGACCACACCCAGCUACACCGUGUCCUGCAAGGUGCACACGUUCCUCUUUGAGGCUUGCAGCUAUGCCACGCUGCUGCACGUGCUGACCCUCAGCUUCGAGCGCUACAUCGCCAUCUGCCACCCCUUCAGGUAUAAAGCCAUGUCGGGGCCCUGCCAGGUGAGGCUGCUGAUUGGCUUCGUCUGGGUCACCUCCGCCCUAGUGGCGCUGCCUUUGCUUUUUGCCAUGGGAGUUGAGUACCCCUUGGUGAACGUGCCCAGUCACCGGGGACUCACUUGCAACCGCUCCCGCACACGCCACCAGGAGCAACCGGAGAGCUCCAACAUGUCUAUCUGUACCAACCUGUCCAGCCGCUGGACCGUGUUCCAGUCUAGCAUCUUCGGUGCCUUUGUGGUCUACCUUGUGGUCCUGGUCUCCGUGGCCUUCAUGUGCUGGAGCAUGAUGCAGGUGCUUAGGAGGAGUAAGCAGGGCACCCUGGCUGUCCGGGGGCAGCAGCUGCAGCUGAGGAAGUUGGAGAGCCAGGACAGCAGGAGUGCCCGGAGGCAGACCAUCAUCUUCCUGAGGCUGAUUGUUGUGACCUUGGCCGUCUGCUGGAUGCCCAACCAGAUUCGGAGGAUCAUGGCCGCGGCUACACCCAAGCACGACUGGACCAAGUCCUACUUCCGGGCAUACAUGAUCCUCCUCCCCUUCUCAGACACCUUCUUCUACCUGAGCUCCGUCGUCAACCCACUUCUGUACAACGUGUCCUCGCAGCAGUUCCGAAGCGUGUUCGGGCAGGUGCUGCGCUGCCACCUGACGCUGCCGCACGCCAACCAGGAGAAGCACCUGCGUGCCCACAUGGCCUCCACCAUGGACAGCGCCCGCUCUGCGCGCCACCCGCUCAUCUUCCCGGCUUCCCGGCACAGCAGUUCCUCUGCAAGAGCUAACAUGGUUUUCUUAAGCACUUUUCACAGCGAGGCCAAGCCCGAGUCUAAACCUCAGGAGCUGAGUUGUGAGUCACCAGAACCCAACUUGGAGAGGAAACCAGCCAACCCUGCCACCAGGAAUGGUUUUCAGGAGCACGAAGUGUGACUGCUGAGGAAGGCAGGCUGGACUGCUAAGUGGCACUCCUUACACGAAAGCCAUGUUACCUUCAUGCAGCAGUGAUAUAAGAAACUGUGCUCCCAUCAGGGACAGGAGUGGAAGACGGGCCUGGGAAGAAAGCAGACAGCCACUGAAGUGUCAGCUAAGGGCUGAUUCUGCCAGCCUGGCCUCAACUCUGAUUACAGAUGGGGCCAACUUGCAUUCCACCUCCUUCCUUCCUUUAAGGGCACACUGAAAAUUCAAGCUCUAUGUAUUCAGAGCUCACAAAGAUGUUUUUUUUUUUUUUUUACACUGAGCUCUUUGUUUCCAAAGGAACUAAAAGAACAGAUUCCCCUCCCUACCCAGAAUAAAAGGACACCCAGAAGAAUCUCGGGGAGCAGGGGGAGGGCAGGCCAGAAGAACAAUGCAGGAGGGGUGACAUCUCCUUCUGCCUUCAGCAGUGUGCCAAGAAAAGGGCUAUCUUGAGGAGCAAGAUGGUGCUGGGGAGCCAUGGCCGGAGGGCCGUGGCAGAACUGCUCCUUUUCUUGGGCCGGGGCCCGUUGCAAAGAGGGGUGUUGCAGCAGCUGAUGCACACCGAGUUCAGUUUCCCUGGGGAGCAGAAGGAUUGGUACCCAGCCGAGGCGAUGAGGCAGGCUGCUGACGAUGCACACGACUUGCGGUACAUGAUUCCUGCAACACAGACCCAAAGGAGUGAGGUUAGGCCAAAGGACGGCAGCCCCCCGAGCCCAAAGCCCAGGGACAGCACUUCCUUACUCCUCCCACAGCCCAGAACCUUGGUGGGUCCAGGAAAAUACUCAAGGUGGUUUCCUUGAGCAUCCAAAAUCCACAACCUAUGCAGUGAAGAAGACAGGCCUCAUUUCACUUGCUUUUGACAAUUUUUCUCAAGGCUAUUUGAGAUGCCAAUACCAGUGAAUAAAGAGCUGUUACUAUCAAAGUUCAUUUUUGUUUAAAGUCGGAAUUCACACUGUGUACUAGACAGAGCUUUUUAUUUACUUUUUUUGGUUUAAACUGUCUCAUGCCAGAGAGGACAACAAGCUGAGCCUUAAGAUCUUAUCUCUGUUAUUACUUUAUAAGCGGCCACAGAGAUGGCUCACAAUGAUGUGUUUAUUAAAUCCUGAAUUCUCUCAAUAAAGACCAAAGCCCAGUGAGAAUAAAUGAGAUCCCUCUAAAGAGGCCCUGUGGGUUCAGUGAAGGAGGGGUCUGGCUAACAGUGUGCUGAGCACUGCCUCAGUCCAAGGGAAGUUUUGCCCUUAAAACAUGGCCAUUAGCCAAGUCAGCCCCACACAGCCAACACUUAAUAACACAUACUGUGUGGGCACAUGGGUUUCUCAAUAAAACUGGGGGCCCAUCUUGAGCUCAUGUAUCAUGUUCAAAUUGUAGCCUACUUAUCAAGUUAGGGUGUCUUGGAUAAUCAUUUGACUUUAUAAAGAUGGGCAUUUACUCAAGUAAUAGGUAAGCUUAUUAAAUCCUUUCCUGGAUGCCAGGCAUUCUCCAGAUGGCUAUACUAUCUCAUUUACUACCUGCAACAACAUUACAAGGGAGGCCCCUGAGAUGAUGCCCAUUUAACAGAUGGGGAUAGCAAAGGAAAUUUAAUAACUUGUUCAAGUCACACCUCUAGAAAGCAGAGCAGCUGUGAUCUGAACCAAAGAGUCUGGUCCCAUGCUGUCAAAUCUGUAGCACUGUAUAUAGCAAAGUAGCCACCCAUGUUAAACACAAAAUGGUUUUGUUUUUCACAGCAGAGAAGACUAUAGCUUUUGGUGUAUGUGUGCGGCUAUUUUGUAUCAAUGACUUACUUUUCUUUUUGGCCAUAUGAUGCCACACUAAAGCUGGACCUCAAAGGAAUGCCUUGUAUCCCCCUCAGACACGCAGGGUAGCAAAUGGGCUACACACAGUCCACCUGUAGCCAGGGCUCCCCAUUCCCUGGGGUUUCCAGCAGGGAUGUGUGUUUGCAUCCCCCUUUGAUUUGGGUCCUUCCCCCUUGAGAACUGCUACUCUGGAUGCUAGAGAAACAGUAAAAUUGAAGUGCCUAAAACUUCCAAGUGAGAGGUAAAGAAAUACUUUAGAUUUACAUUAUUAAAACAUGCAAUUUUA